CCUCUGCAGCUCCGCCAUUAAAUCCCAGGCAAAGAGGAGGAACAAUUGCAAAAGCAAUUGCAAAGCCUUUGCAAAGCCAGGCAUCCAGGAAACAGCAAGAAGAGGAGGAGAUCAAGCUGAAUCCCACCCAGACAACAAAGCCCCCCGCAAAGAAGACGAAGUUCAACACCUGAAUAUCCCCCAGUAUCUCUUCGACUACUAGAGGACUCUUUUCUCACCAAGUAUAGCUCUUUUGUCAGCAAGGAUAUCUCAUCAGCUUUGAGUUUUAUUUUCUUGCAGCGCUAGAAAACCCAAACGAGGAAGCAGAACAUCAUUUCAAUCUUUGCCUCCAUAGAGAGUGAAGGACUUUGCUUGGAAUCAACCUGACAGUUAAGAGAUUUUUUGCUUUCGACUUCUGGGUCCAAGAGGAAUAAUCAAGGGAAAAAGGAGGAAUAUUCUCUAGGAUCAGAACUGAAAGAGAAAAAGGUUUAGGAGAAUCUACCAGGGCAAUAUUUAAUCUGAAUAUAUGGCCAAGCGACCAGGAUGGGGAACGUCUCAAGAAGGCAAAGGGGAACCAGGUAGUGGGAUGCAACAGCACUGGGAAAACCAGUGGCAAGAGUUCCUGAAAACAAUGCAACCCAUUCACACAGGAGAGGAAAAUGUCAUCAUGUCGGAGGCUGUUCCUUGGGAGGACACCAAGGCCUUCCUGGCCUCCUUUGAGCAGGUGGCCAAAGCUUGUCGGUGGCCUAGAGAAGAGUGGGUGGCCCGGCUCCUUCCAGCACUGAGUGGAGAAGCAGAGCAGGCCUUUCAGAACCUGGAAGCCAGUGACAGGGAGGAUUAUGGGAAAGUGAAGGCUGCCAUCUUGCGACAGGAUGCCCUGAGAAUGGAACUGCAGCGCCAGCAUUUCCGGCAGUUCUGCUGCCCGGAGGUUGAGGAUCCCCGAAGGAUUCACAGCCAAGUCCAGGAGCUUUGCCAUCGGUGGCUGAAGCCGGAGAGACGCAGCAAGGAGCAGAUCCUGGAGGUGCUGAUCCUGGAGCAAUUCCUGGCCAGCCUCCCCCCAGAUCUGCAAAACUGGAUCCGAGCCGGAGGACCAGACACCUGCUCCCAGGCUGUGGCUUUGGUGGAGGACUUCAUGAUGAGCCAACGAGAGGAUGAAAUGGGGAAAUGGCAGGGGAUGAUGAACCUCAAGGAAACAGAGGUGCCUUUGCAUGUGGUUCAGGAGACUCGAACACAGCCCUCGCACCAGACCAUGUUCUGGCAAGUGCUGCCGGAAGAUGUUGAGAGCAGGCCGGCUUCAGGAGAGAAGAGGAUUCUGGUCAAGACGAAGGAGCCAGGCCCAGCAGAAGUCCACGUCAAGUUGGCAGAAGAAUCUGUAGGGAACCUUCUUGUGGCAGCUGAAAUACCUGGUGAUGGGAAGGGACCUAAGCUCAAGGUGGGGAAUUCUUACUGUGGGGAAGAUCAAGUGGAGGAAAUAUCUCAGACGAUCCCAUGUAUAAUCCAGAGGAAUGUGUCAAUGAUAACAGAAAUUGAUGAAGAAAUAUGUUCAUCCAGAAAGCAGCAGUGGAAAAAAUCUGUGAAUGGGGACCAUGAAUCCAUUCUCACAGGUGGCAGGAACGAAAUGUUUGGGCACCCAAGAUCCAAAACACCGUUGGCCUCCAAAUACGGGAGAAGAUAUGAAUGUCCCGAGUGUAGGAAAACCUUUUCUUCGACAAAAAUCUUAAAGAUCCACCGGAGGAUUCAUACUGGGGAGAGGCCUCACGAGUGCUCCCACUGUGGGGAACGUUUCACUCAGCAUGGGCAUUUGCGACGCCACCAGAGACGGCACACGGGUGAGAGCCCCUACGAAUGCCCCGAGUGCGGAAAGAGCUUUUCACGGAGAGACACACUGCUCGAACAUCAAAGGAUCCAUACUGGGGAGAGGCCCUAUAAGUGUUCUUAUUGUGGGAAAGGCUUCACCAAGAGCAUCACUUUGAAGCGACAUCAGAUACUUCAUAUAGAGGAGGAAUAUUUUGGACGUCUUGAGUAUGGCGAACACUUUAUUCACAAGGGCGAAUUGGUUAGCCACCAGAGGAUGCACAUAGCGCAUUAACUGCUUCUUGUCCUGUGAAGUCUUUUGCACAGACAGUUCCCAUUGUCUUUUUUUUCCAAACUAGGGAAUUCUAAUAGUGAAAAAAGGCAGGGGGUUGGACUGGAUGGCCCUUGCUGUCUCUUCCAACUCUUUGAUUCUAUGAUUCUAUGAAAAAGUCUUAUCUUGGACUAUGAACUUACCAUUCUCGAACUACAAAUUAUCAACAGGUAUUAUAAAUUUCAGAGCAAUAAGGAAGUCUUUUGUGCUUUAAUACCAGGCCUCCCCAAGACUCCAUGCAGUGCCAGACAUGGAUGCCUGUUACUUAUAAGAUAAGCCUUAUUAGCGGUACAUGAUGCAGCAGAUGGUACACAACCGAGAAGCAUUCUCACUCUUUCUGGAUGGCAUCCGACAUUUCUUCAUAGCCAAUGGAAUUGUUUAAGUUCCUAAACAAUUAAUUCUGCUCAGACUAUUCCUGGCUGGCUGUCCGGUUCCCUAUGGCUAGCUACGGGGUCCAUGGCUAGGGUGCACCCUGCCUAGGGUGAGGUUGAUGAAAGAUAAGAAUCCCAAGGGCUAUAUAGUGCAGAAGCAAAGAAAAUCAAAGUGCAAAAGCAUGACCCAGCUCGACCUCAUAGUCAUAAAAACUGUGCAAGCAGGUUACUAACAGAGGAAAAAUCCCUUCCCCAGUACAUUCUCAGCCUUCUUAUGUCAUCCUAGUCUCAAACUGUCAAGCUGAUACAAAAAAUAAAAUAAAAUAAAAAUAAAUCAAAACCACUCCUCUACAAAUUAAAUCUUUCAGUACCACUGGACAGCUGUUAACAUUUGGCCAUGGUGCUAGCAAGGACCCAUCUGCACUACAGGAAGAAGACUUUUGUCUGGAGCAAUAGAGGAAUGCAUUUCUGGAUCAAUGCACUUGCUUCACACCAGGAGUGAUGCAAGCGAUCAUAUUUUUUUAGCCGUUGGCUGUUGGUUUUCCAUUUCGGUGUCCUGUUUGAUUUGGCAAUUUCACUGCCAAUUCUUUUCAGGAAGAUUGUCCUCUUAAUUUGCCUGGGAGCUCCUCUGUUCAGUAAAAGGGAUGCUAAGAGAAAUAGCUGUACGUACAUUUUGUAAAAGAAAACAGCUCUCCCUCCUGACCAUUUCUCUAUACUUCCUUUGAUUGACGCGUAUUUUAAAAUAGGGAAAUCUGGGAGUGCAGUGAAGUUUUCCAUUGGCAAGUUUAGCAAAGGAAAUCAAAAGAGCAAGACAACCCUUGCUCCGCACUCUUUUUAGUUGUACAGUAUUCUCUAAUCUUCUGGUAGUUGUUUUGUAUCCAGAACUGGCCCAAAUGUGUUAGCUUUUCCAUUUGUUGUUGUUGUUGUUGUUGUUAUGUGCCUUCGAGCCAGUUCCAACUUCUGAUGACCCUACUGUACAGUUUACUUGGACAGAUUUAUUCAAAGGAAGUUUGCCACUGGCUUCCUUUGAGACUGAGAGAGUGCAGCUUGCAUAGGGCCACAAUCAAACCACUACACCAUACUGGCUCUCAGGUUUUUCCAUACCUGUGGGAAACUUCAUUGCCAUUUUCCCCUUUUGAAGUAUGGUUUGGGCAAGGGGCUGAGGAAACUUUAAGAAAAAGGGUGUACUUAAAUAGAUUCUAUUUAGAAAAGGCGAUGGAACAAAACAAACUUUAAUAGGCUGAGGUGAGCAACUGUGUGGGGUCCAAGGUUCAGCUUCUCCCCUUCAUGCACCAUGCUGUCACUUGAAUACCUCCAUUUUUCUUGAGUCCCUCUCAAAAUGGCAUCUAACAUACCUCCAUUUUUCUUCAGAGUCUCUCUGAAAAUAGAGGCACUGUCACAUCACAUCUAGUCACCAUUUUGAGAGGGACUCUAAUGAAAACAGCAGUUCUUUGGGGAUGAGGAGCUAUGCAUGGGGGGGCGCUGGGUACAGUUGGACCUCCACAUUUGCAGUGUUGAUCUUUGCAGAUUAGAUUGUUCGCAGAUUUGAUUAAUAUGUUUUCUCUAGGAAUCUGUAGGUCCUCCAGCGCAGUUUUGCUGGACGUUGACCAUAGAAUUGUACUAGAGAACCUAGACGUUCCGAGAGAAAACGCGUCUCUAGGCAUUUCUAGGUCCUCCAACACGGUUCCGUGAUCAACUUCUGGCAGAUGUUGACCAUAGAGUUGCAUUGAGGACCUGAAAAGUCCUAGAGGUGUUAUCUGCGGUAAAAAGAAUGGUUCUUUUUUUAAUUUGCGGUUUUCCCACAUUCACGGGGAUCCUUCACCCCAACCCCAGUGAAUGUGUAGUUUUGGAGUGAAAACCUGCUGAAAAUGGAACUUUUUAAAAAAGUUGGAAGCAUGGUGGGGUGGAUGGAAAUGGGCGAUGGGUUCAUGGCCUUUCAAAGUAAGGGGCCACACUUUCCUCUUCCUUGAAUUAGAUCCUUCCCAUCUUGAUUUAGACAAUAGGAAAUUAAUCAAUCAGAGUAGCAGGAAAUAGGAAGGCCCUUUCCUCCUAGUGGCAUUGUAUAUUUGUAUCUUAGCUCGUAUUUUUAUUUAGGGCUUUACAGUGUUAUCUUCCACGGCCAUGGAUCUGCGUUAUCUUGAUUUCUGCAAGCAAGUCCGGCCCCGGGGCUUAUCUCGAGCGCAUGGAACUUGGGGAAACUGUAGAUGAGCUGUAUUCGGUUAUGGAAUAUUGUUUUUGUCCAGUUUGAAUUUGCCAGUCUCAUUAAAAACCAUGUUAACUGUGUUUGCGAUAUUCAUUUAU